AUGGAAGAUUCUCCAGAGAACGAAGAGGUUGCCCUCGAAACGCCCAUCUCAGACGUCUUUAUUCCACCCUCGAUAAACGAGCCCGCUCUCCUCUCAGGCGACUCGUACACCUACUUCUCCCCCAUCCCCCCGACCCUCCUAGCCACACACAACGACUCCUCCCAAAACGGCAACCCCGCCGCUGCAACAACAAUAACAACAACAACACCACCAGCAGCGGGGCCCCCCUGCGUCCUAGGCGUCGACGAGGCCGGGCGCGGCCCCGUCCUCGGCCCCAUGGUCUACGGCGUCUUCUUCCUGCCGACGACGCUCUCGGACAACGGCCUCCUCCGCUCGUCGGCGCACCGCUUCGACGACAGCAAGGCCCUGACGGCGUCGUUCCGCUCCUCGCUCGUGCGGGCGCUCUGCGCCCCCGGCUCGGACCUCCACUCCAGCUGCGGCUGGGCCGUCUCGGCGCUGUCGGCGCGCGACAUCGGCGCCGGCAUGCUGCGGCCCGGCGGGUCGGCCGCGUACAACCUCAACGCCCAGGCCCUGGACGCGACAGUCGACCUGAUUCGCGGGGUGUACGCCCGCGGGGUCAACGUCGCGGAGAUCUACGUCGACACCGUGGGCGUGCCGGCUGCGUACCAGGCUAAGCUGGAGAGGGUGUUCCCCACGGCGCGGAUCACCGUCGCCAAGAAGGCGGAUAGCCUGUAUCCGUGCGUCAGCGCGGCAAGUGUGUGCGCCAAGGUGACGAGAGAUGUCGCGCUGGAGGUACUGUACCGGGCGAGGGGUGCGGUGGACGGGGACGGGGAAGGGGACGGGGAGAAGGGGAUGGCGUGGGGGUCGGGGUAUCCGUCGGACGGGAAGUGCGUCUCCUGGUUGAAGACGAAUGUGCAUCCCGUCUUUGGCUGGGGGCCCGAAUGCAGAUUUAGCUGGGGGACGGCGAAGGAUAUGUUAGAGGCUAAAGGGAGCAGCAAUAUCAGGAUCGAGUGGCCGGUUGAUGAUGACUAUGGCGAGAAUACCCGCAUGACCGACUUCUUUACCGCGAACAGGGACGACGACGAAGAUGAGGCUGAUGAGUUGGGCACGUGGUUCGGCAAACCAGUUGGGAUAGAAUCAUUCUGA